AAGAUGGCGGAUCUGGACGAGCAGCUGUCCGAUGAAGAGAAGGUACGGAUAGCAGCAAAAUUCAUCAUUCAUGCUCCUCCUGGAGAGUUUAAUGAGGUUUUUAAUGAUGUUAGGUUGCUGCUGAAUAAUGAUAAUCUCCUCAGGGAGGGAGCAGCCCAUGCAUUUGCACAGUAUAACUUGGAUCAGUUUACUCCAGUGAAGAUUGAAGGUUAUGAAGAUCAGGUACUGAUAACAGAACACAGUGAUUUGGGAAAUGGAAAGUUUUUGGAUUCGAAAAACAGAAUCUGUUUCAAAUUUGAUCACUUAAGAAAGGAAGCAACUGAUCUGAGGCCCUACGAAGCAGAAAAUGCGAUUGAGUUAUGGAGAGCUUCUGUAGAAACGGCGCUGCGAGCGUAUGUAAAAGAGCAUUACCCGAAUGGGGUUUGCACUGUGUAUGGUAAAAAAAUAGAUGGACAGCAAACCAUUAUUGCAUGCAUAGAAAGCCACCAGUUCCAAGCAAAAAAUUUUUGGAAUGGUCGUUGGAGGUCAGAGUGGAAGUUUACAAUCACACCUUCAACCACCCAGGUGGUUGGCAUCUUGAAAAUUCAGGUUCAUUAUUAUGAAGACGGCAAUGUUCAGCUAGUGAGUCAUAAAGAUAUCUAAGAUUCCCUCACAGUGUCUAAUGAAGUACAAACAGCAAAAGAAUUUAUAAAGAUUGUAGAAGCUGCAGAAAAUGAAUACCAGACUGCCAUCAGUGAGAAUUAUCAGACAAUGUCCGACACUACUUUCAAAGCCUUACGUCGACAGUUGCCAGUUACACGCACUAAGAUUGAUUGGAAGAAGAUCCUUAGCUACAAGAUUGGCAAAGAAAUGCAGAAUGCAUAAGAUGAACAUUGCAUGUCCGGAUCAUUUUAGUAAUCUUUGCGUUCAAAAAAAUUAUUGCAAAAGUGUUCAGAACUGUCAAGCUGCCCAGUCAGACGGGCUAUUGCCAUGUAAAAUCAGUGUAAUUAGUUUAUUUAGAGCACAAAGCUUAGCUAAUCAACCAUUCUUUACUUUUGUUUGAAGAAGAUUGAAAAAAAUGAAUAGUUUAAAUGUCUUA